UCGACUUCUGUUCUGUUGGAGUCUCCGGGGCCGAGGCCUAGAGACGCUCUUUUUUUUUUUUUAGUACCGGACGACAUUUAAAUUUUUUUGCCGUCGAUGCCCUGCCGGAUUUCGGAGCCCGUUUCUGGACCGGCUAUGAACCCAUGAAGCACUUUAUUCUGUGACUGAAGCAGUAACGGUCGGAGGCGCUAGUCGGCUAGGUGAAGCUAACUGCUAACUGCCAGCGAGGAAGUGAGGAACGAGCAAAAAAAAAAAAAAAAAAAAAUGACAUCUCGGAGGUGGUUUCACCCCAACAUCACAGGCGUGGAGGCUGAAAACCUCCUGCUGACUCGUGGAGUGGACGGGAGCUUCUUAGCCAGGCCCAGUAAAAGUAACCCGGGAGAUUUCACCCUCUCAGUACGGCGAAAUGGAGCCGUCACCCACAUUAAGAUCCAGAACACGGGCGACUACUACGACCUGUACGGGGGGGAGAAGUUUGCCACCCUGGCUGAGCUGGUUCAGUACUACAUGGAGCAUCACGGGCAACUGAAAGAGAAAAACGGAGACGUCAUCGAACUCAAGUAUCCGCUCAACUGUGCCGACCCGACUUCAGAGAGAUGGUUCCAUGGGCACCUGUCGGGCAGAGAAGCCGAGAAGCUGCUGACGGAGAAAGGAAAGAACGGCAGCUUCCUGGUCCGAGAGAGCCAGAGCCACCCGGGGGACUUCGUCCUGUCCGUCCGAACCGGAGACGACAAGACGGACACCAGCAGUGACAGCAAACCCAAAGUCACCCACGUCAUGAUCCGCUGCCAGCAUGACCUGAAGUACGACGUGGGUGGAGGGGAGAAGUUCGACUCCCUCACAGACCUGGUCGAGCACUACAAAAAGAACCCCAUGGUGGAAACUCUGGGCACCGUGCUUCAGCUCAAACAGCCCCUCAACACUACUCGUAUUAACGCAGCCGAGAUCGAGAGUCGAGUCAGGGAGCUGAGCAAACUAGCGGAGGCCACGGACAAAGUCAAGCAGGGAUUCUGGGAAGAGUUUGAGACGUUGCAGCAACAAGAGUGUAAGCUGCUGUACAGUCGUAAAGAAGGCCAGAGACAGGAGAACAAAAACAAGAACAGAUACAAGAACAUUCUGCCCUUCGACCACUCUCGCGUGGUGCUGAACGAUGGGGACCCUAAUGAGCAGGGCUCUGACUACAUCAACGCCAAUAUCAUCAUGGUAGUAUCUGCUGUCAUGCCGGAGCUGGACAUAAAGUGUAACAGCACCAAGGUGAAGAAGAGCUACAUCGCCACUCAGGGCUGUCUGCAGAACACCAUCAGUGACUUCUGGAGGAUGGUGUUUCAGGAGAACUCCAGAGUCAUCGUCAUGACCACGAAGGAGGUGGAGAGAGGGAAGAGUAAAUGUGUGAAGUACUGGCCGGACAUGUCGGCUCUGAAGGAGUACGGCGCCAUGCGUGUUCGCAACGUCAAGGAGACGACCGCACACGACUACACCUUAAGAGAACUGAAACUGUCCAAAGUCGGACAGAGCAACACUGAACGCACAGUUUGGCAGUACCACUUCAAGGCCUGGCCCGACCACGGCGUCCCCACCGACCCCGGCGGCGUCCUGGACUUCCUGGAGGAGGUGAACCUGAAACAGGAGAGCAUCCUGGACGCGGGGCCGAUAGCGGUACACUGCAGUGCAGGGAUCGGGAGGACGGGGACGUUUAUAGUGAUCGACAUCCUCAUAGAUGUGAUCAGAGAAAAGGGGGUGGACUGUGACAUCGACGUGCCGAAGACCAUCCAGAUGGUUCGUGCCCAGCGCUCUGGGAUGGUGCAGACGGAGGCGCAGUACAGAUUCAUCUACAUGGCCGUGCAGCACUACAUAGAAACCCUGCAGAGGCGCAUCGAGGAGGAGCAGAAAAGCAAGAUUAAAGGGCGCGAGUACACCAACAUUAAGUACUCGUUGUCCGACCUGUCCGGGGGGGAGCAGAGCCCGUUGCCUCCAUGCACUCCUAUUCCGACUCCCAUCUGCACAGAGAUGAGGGAUGACAGCUCCAGAGUUUAUGAGAACGUGGGACUGAUGCAGCAGCAGAAGAGCUUCAGAUGAGACUCGCUCCGGACGCCGAGGCUCCAUCAGUUCCAGGAUCUCGAUACCUGACAGUUUUUUCGCCAGCCACACCUUGACGCCUGAGACUUGACCGUAACGACAUGGAUCAAAUGGGGAAAUAACAAAACGCAAACACACACACACAGGAAAACAAAAGAAAAAAAAACAAAAGAAACGAAAGAAAAAGCGCGAGGGAGACCAGACACCUGGGUCGGCCGCCUCUUCUCUCACUCAUCCUCCUCGAACAUUUUCCCUCCAGUUGAAUUCUAAACCACUGUGAUUGUCAAGAAGAGCCUUUUUUUGCGCUGAAUCCCCUUAACUAAACAGCAGUUUGGGUUUUUUAAGCCUUUGUAAAUCUCACCCCCUCCCAAUAAGGGCUGAGGGGGGGUAACACCUAGCUAACCUUUCGCUCAUGUCUCAUUUUUCUAUUUCUUUUUGUUUGUUUUUUUGUUUUUUUUUAUUAACCAAAGGAAAGUGAUUGUUUCUAGAUGGAAAUUUUCUGGAUAAAGGCCUGUGCCAAACUUUCCCCUUCCUCCCCCCCAAGUAAGUGAUUUUUAACCACAUUUAAAACGUUAGAGACCUUAUUUCUGCACAAAAGUUUGGCCUCAGAUUUCCAGAGAUUAUUUACUGACUGACUGACUUUAAAAACGUCUUUUCUUCCUCUUCUUCUUCUUCUUCUUCUUCUCGUCUAGUUCACAUGGAUUUAACAUGUUGUUGUUGUUGUUGUUGUUGUCAUUGGGAUUCACAGCGUCUGUUAGCCAAACCAUUCCUUAGCUCACGCCGAAGGUCCUUAAUGCUGCGCCUUUUCUUUAGCGGCAUGAACCGUUUUUCAGUCGCCGCCUUCGUUCGUUCGUUCGUUCGUUCGUUCGUUUGUUCGCCCGGUGGGUUUCUGAAUGAUCUCAUCCGGGGGCCACAUGCACGUUUAUGUCAAGACUUCAGGGGAGUUUUUCAUUUAUCUCACCACAGACGCACGGCUGCCAAAAACAAAAAAACAAAAAAAAAAACAGCGUUAUUUUUUACUUUUGCCUUUUGUGUACCGUUUUACAGUUGCCUUUUCGUGUACCAUUGCCUGUUUCGAGCACCACAUGUACUUAAGUUUCAGAGUCACUUUUUGUUUUAAGAAGCGUUCACACGUCUGUCGGCUUUCGGCGGCGUUCGCUGGUCCUUGUCGUGGUCGGCUGGACUCGGUGGUUCGUAAGAGACGAGUUCUCUCUCGUGUUUAAAGGAAGAGUUUGACACCGUUGGCGCCGUUCUCUCUCGUAUCUGGACUGAAUAUGAAGCUACCGGCAGCAGAUGAUGAGCUGAGACUUUUCAAACUAGAACAAAUCUCACUUUUGAUGUUGACAGCGCUAAUGCUAACGAGCAAGGAAGUGGCUGACAAUGCUGUUGUUUACCUUAGCUUAGCGUGCUAUAUUAAGCUUAUCGUCGCUACGGGCAGAAUGAAACGAGGCCGGUGGAGGAGCCGGGUUUGUUUCCUGGUGUCAGACGAACUUUUGGGACCUUAUGACGCCGUUGGAUGGAUGAGUGAUGAGAGUUUUUAUCCUCAGGGGAGCGCGACGCUCCGUCUAACAGGUGACGAGAUGUUUCAGCCUGGACCAAAGCGGCGAAACGACGUCGCAGUCCACAGAGUAAAGGCUGAAAAAAAAACAUCAGGUGUGAACUGGUUCUUGACUGAUGAUGCUAAGCUACGCUAAUCACCAGCUUUUAAAGGGGCUGCUGUGAGAGUGGAACCAGUGUCAAACUGUUCCUUUAUCGCUGUGUUUGACGCGAAGCCUUCUACUUUAAACUCGCUGACCUGGGAGAAAGAAGCGUUUCUCCUCUUUGCCUUUUUUUGCGCGACGGUCCUGAAGAACCACUGAUCCACGAUCACUGAGCGGCUUCUUUCUGCGACGGUUUUUUUAAAGCCAAUAAAUGAAUAAAUGAAUCAUGUGUAAAAUCAGUGUUUUUCGGGAGCUGCUUCCUCUAACGCCCGGUUGCUGCUUCACAGCAAGUGUUCUUGGAUUCCCCCCCCCCCCCCCCCCCCUCCUCGCCCCCAUCCUCUCGUUGCCCGGGCGACGGCCAUCCUCUACCUGAGACCCUCUGUAGCGCGUCGUCCCGUCGAGCGGAUGAACCUCGUACCCGUCUAAACGUUUCGUGGCGCGCUUGCUCGUGGUGUUUCGUUGUGUCCUGUGACGUGCGCAGGGAUGCUGCUAACAGCCAUUACCUUCUCAGAUACUUUCCUGUCUGUUUAUUUUGUUUUUUUUCUUUUAAUGUUUCUCCUCCCACAUGAUGAUGAUGAUGAUGAUGAUGAUAAUUAAAAAAAAAAAACAGAAAAAACGCUUUCCAUUUAUCAUGUAAGCAAUUUAGAUGCAUAGACGUGCCUUCUAUGCAUUUGUGUAUUAGAUUAGCUACUAAAAAAAAAAAGAAUGAAAAUAAAAACCAGUGCUCUUCACUUUUCAUCCGCCGUUCAACAAACUGUAACAUGACGUAAAUGUGAAUUCUUUCAACCUGAACAAAAAAACAAUUAAUAAAUAACAAGGUAAAAAAAAUAAAAUAAACAAAAAUGCAGACAAACUAUAUUUUUUAACAUGUAUAUUGUACAUGAGUUCCAGGUAGAGGAGAAUGUACUUACUAAAAACAUAUCUACUUGCCAAUAAAAUAUACUGUAUGUAUAUUCCUGCAGCUUCCUCUCUGUGGACGCAGGGAGGAACCUCUCACACCGAGCUUCAGAGGUUUUAUUGUAUGACUUUCAAUGCAGUUAACCAUGUUAACAUCCUCAGUACCAAUAAAUGGCUCGCUCAUGCCUCAGAACGUC